AUGAGUAUUUGCUCUGAGAUCCGAUCUGGAAUUGCACAAGCCACUAAGGAAACUCAUCAGUUAUGGGAGGAAAAUAAAGAUCUUCAGGGGCGUUUCGUCAAUGAUUUAGGUGAAAUCCAACGAUUGCAAGCCUUGGUUCACCAAUUUCAAAAUGAAAGAAGGGCUGAUCAGCUUGAAAAUGCUCGAGCUUCACUUAGUGAACAUCAGCGCAGAGCUGCUGCCAUUUAUGAUAUAAUGAGUCAAAAACGGGCAGAAAUGGUUAAAAAAUUGAAUGAAGGAACUGGGCUUGCUGCUCUAUUUCAGAACCAAUUAAUAAGCGAAAGGCUUUUUGAUUGGAAAAACAGACAAAAGCUAGCCCAAGUUGGAGUUCCGUUUGAAAAUAGAGAAAGUCUCUUAGAUGAAAUACAAAUGGAUUUCGAGUUUCUAGCUGAUCAUAACUGGAAUAUGCACAUGUUUUCAACAUGGCUUCUUGAUCUUCUUCAGAGAGGAAGUCAUUUUACUGAUAAUAAUGCCCAGCUCACAAUUGAUAAUCUCACCACCAUUGGAAACCAAUUGUCCAAACUUCUUUUCAUGUUGGUCGCACAAUCUUUUGUUGUUAGCGUACAGCCAGAUCCUGUACUAAAAACACAGCACAAAUUCGUUACUGAGGUGCGCUUGCUUAUUGGAGACAAAUUAGGAAUCCGUCAACACAUGGUUAAUGCCAACGUCACUAUCAAAAUUAUUGCUGAAGAUGAGGCUAGACUUGCUUAUUGCAGUCAGAUGCAUCAUUCCGAUAUAAAGUCGGUUGGCAGUAUAAGUAAUGACUUCGAGAAAAUGACUAUGGAUGAGCUCAACCAUUUUUCCGCCAAGUUCAAUAAUUCGAAGCUAACCAGAAUCGCCCAUAGGAAGCCACCUCCAAAGGGAGCAUCUGCUGAUUUGAAAUGCAGUGCGAAUGCUCAGGCUGCAACUGAUCAAAAGUACGCUUUGCUUUUCUCAAUCAGCCCUUUCCAUCUCGGCAACAUAGGAAAGCUUGAUGUUUGGACAUUGUCUUUGCCCUUAAUGGUGACAGUUCAUGGUUCACAGGAUUGUGACGCACAAGGGACUAUUAUGUGGCAACGAGCUUUCUCUUCUGUGAAUCGAACGCCUGGUAUGACGGACGUGAACGCGGUCGCAUGGCCUGACUUGGCUAUGGCUUUGAAACACAAAUUCAGUUUGUUCACUGGUGCUCGACGCCCUUUGUCUGACACCGACCUGGCCUAUCUAUCGGAAAAACUGGUGAUUUCAAAUAUUCAAGAUCAAAAGCCAAUCACCUUCAGUCGUUUCGCAAAGCAAAACUUACGAGAUGAUGUAUCUUUUUCAUUUUGGGAAUGGUUUUUCUCUAUUAUGCAGUUAAUAAAACAGAAAUUACUCAAGUUUUGGGACGAAGGAUGGCUUUCUGGAUUCAUUUCAAAGCAAGACGCUUCUCAGUCAAUGCUCAGCUACCCUCAUAACACUUUUCUUCUUAGAUUUAGUGAUACCCAAACAGGAGCUGUAAGCAUUGGAUUUGUCUGUGAAGAUGAAGAUCAAAGAGUUCCGUUUCAUCUCGCUCCUUUCACCAUUAAAGAUUUGGAUCAGCUCUCUCUUGCUCAAAGAAUAGCAAGCUGUCCACAACUGCGUGAAAUCAAAUACAUGUAUCCUAAUAUUGAUAAAGACGAGAUGUUGCGUUAUUUCGAUACGGAAGAAAGACAUAAACCGUGUCCCGACAGCCCACUUGGAUAUAUUCAGAGUGAAAUAGUGAUGGUUGCAAAAACCUCUGGGAAAAUAUCAUCGUCUGCCUCAUUCUUCGGAGCAGACUCUCCAUCUCCUUUGUCCAUACAGUCACGAAAUGAUUGGUCCCCUAGUACUAGCCAACCUAUGGAUACGAAUGACGAUUUCACAAACGCUUUGUCUUCUUCUGCUUUGGACGGUGUUCCUGGAGACGUGGAGUCGCUCUUAGGACCAGGAUUCCGUCCACAGUUACCUAAUCAGCCCCUCCAGCAUAUUGACCUCUCGUUCGCUGAUUCUUACGGAAACGCUUGUUUCAAUUUCGGAGAUAACUUUAAUAGAAAUUAA